CCGGGCCCGAAGCAGAAUCCAGCUCCGCGAUUGGCUGAUACACAUCACCCAUACAAGUAUAUAACCACAAUGAUAGUAUUCUACACAAUCACCCGCCCUAAACGCCAGUAAACAAUCACAGCAACGUCGAAGCACCAAAAAUGACCGAACUUGACAAGCACGACCUCGAAGCAUCCCCCAUCCCCAUCUCCAAACCCUCACCCCCCAAAGACAAAGACAAAUCCAACCCCCCCAACCUCAUCACCUGGAACGGACCCGAUGACCCCUCCGACCCCCAAAACUGGCCUAGAAGCCUCAAAUGGAAAACCACAUAUUCCAUCUCCCUCUUCGUCUUCAUCUCGCCCAUCUCCUCCUCAAUGAUCGCCCCAGCAAUGAACGACCUCGCGCAGUCACUGGACAUGACACACUCCGAAUUCGAGACAUAUCUGUCGCUGAGUAUAUUCAUCUUAGGGUAUGCUAUUGGGCCCGUGUUCUUUGGCCCUGCGUCGGAGGUAUAUGGACGGGUGAGGAUCUUGCAGGUGAGUAAUUUGUGGUAUUUGGGGUGGAAUUUGGGGUGUGGGUUUGCGAGGACGAAGGGGGUUUUGUUUGUUUGUAGGUUCCUUGCUGGGGUGGGGGGGAGUGCGCCGUUGGCUGUGGGGGGUGGGGCUAUUAGUGAUAUGUGGGCUGCGGAAGAACGGGGAAAAGCUAUGGGAGUGUAUACUCUGGGUCCAUUACUGGGACCUGUGGUGGGACCGAUAGCCGGAGGGUUUAUUGCCGAGUAUUCGACCUGGCGGUGGGUGUUUUGGGCUACGUCUGCUGCUGCUGUCGCGGUGCAGAUUGUUGGGGUGCUCUGGUUGAGGGAGUGUCAUCCGGGGACGAUUCUACGGCGGAGACGAGAUGCUCUUGUCAAGGAGACAGGGAACCAAGAGCUUCAUACAGCGGAGAAAGUCGAGAGUUUGGGGUACAAGCUCCUUCAUGCGUUUGAGCGGCCGGUGCGGAUGUUCACGACUCAGCCGAUUGUGUUCUGUAUGGCGCUUUAUAUGGCGUACGUCUUCGGCGUGACGUAUUUGAUGUUUGCGACUUUCCCGGAUAUUUGGACGGAGGUAUAUCAUGAGAGCUCUGGGAUUGGGGGACUCAAUUAUCUGUCGAUCGCGAUUGGGUCGUUCAUUGGGCUGUUUUUGAACCUCAAGCUUGUGGACCGGAUCUAUCGUGGUCUUAAAGCUCGGAAUAAUGAUGUGGGCAAACCUGAGUUUCGAAUGCCGUCGUUGGCUGUCGGUUCGAUUAUCAGCAUCAUUGGGCUUUUCUGGUAUGGUUGGAGCAUUGGACAUACCCAUUGGAUUAUGCCGAAUAUCGGUGCGCUGAUCUAUACUAUGGGCACGAUCUCCUGCUUGCAGGGCAUGCAGACGUAUAUUGUGGACAGUUAUCAGACCUACGCGGCUAGUGCGAUGGCUGCCUGUGCUGUGCUGAGGAGUUUAUGUGGCUUUGGAUUCCCGCUGUUUGCUCCUUAUAUGUAUAAUGCUCUGGGGUAUGGUUGGGGUACCAGUGUGUUGGCGUUCACGGCUAUGGUUUUUGGAUUGGGUGGGCCGUUUGUUUUCUGGCGAUUCGGGCCCCGGUUGCGUGCCAUGUCUGACUAUGCCUCUGGUUGAGAGUGGAUUUGGUGACAUGCACUGAUGUCCGGUUGGAAUAAAUUGCCAGGCAGAAGUUAUCGUUGGAUGGGAGGAUGUCCGGAUUGGUGGUAUGGGUAUUUGUAUCAUAGAUCAAGUGUCAUAGAGAAACUCCCCUAUUGAAUGCGAAAUGCUCUUAUAUAGUUCUCUGAUGACCCAUCCCAUGAAUAAUUCACUCUCAUUGAGAUAGAAAGGCUCAUAAAAGCGGACAUUCGUAGAACUUCGGGCUCAUGCGAGCACACGCAUGACUGCUUGCUUGGCCCCGAGGUGAUCUUGAGUCGAUG